AUGGAUCCUUCAUUAGCAUAUUCCUACUCUCCAUACAGCUCUAUGAAGUCUUCCUCAUUCCCUUGGGGACCUCCCCCUUCUGGUUUUUUUAAAUUGAAUGUGGACGCAGCCGUUAGUAGUGACUGGAAGAAAUCGGGUAUAGGAGGUAUUUGGAGGGAUCAUUCAAGUUCAGUCCUAGGUUCUUUUCAAGAGCCAGCUGGUCUGGGACCUCCGAAUAUGAUUGAACUUAAAGCUAUUCAGAGGGGUAUUUCAUUAUAUGCUUCUUCUCAAGGGAGGGUCAAAGAUAGGCUGAUUGUUGAGAGUGAUAGUAGGGUUGCAGUAGACUGGAUCAACAAUGUCGAUUCAUGCCCAGUUGUUUAUGCUUUUGUUGUUAGUGAUAUUGUUGACAAUCUUAGAUCUUUGGGGGGGUUAUAA